AAUGUAGCUGAUGCAAAGCUCGAUGCACAUUUACAGUAAAGGCAGGUGGAGUGUGGUGCGCUUUUGGGUGAUAAAGGGAGGAGAGCAUCAUCUCCCGUUGUUCUUGCUUGGAUGGUGUAACGCGUGCGUAAAGUUGCCUGGUUGGACGCGCUCCGGCUGUGUUUUUGGACCGGACCACUGCCGUGCGUGUGUCUGAGCGUGAGAUGGGAUGUGGUUUGGACCGACGGCUCAGUGAAAAAGGUGUCACAAGUAUCUCAGUCUGUCAGACGAACGACACGCGUCCAGGCGAGGUGGAGAAAAAAAGAGGAGGGGGUACCGGGAGGGCAGACAAUGCGGUUCUGCGACGCGCUGAUUCCUCUUUACAAUUUACACCCACUUCCACGCAAACAUGAUGAGGACGCGCCGAAGAUGCCGGGGAGGAAUUUCUCGUGAUUUUUGUGUUAUUGUGUAAUUUGGCAGUCGUGCUGAAUAAAUUCAGAUUACUGACGUUUUGACUGAGAACAAAAACAGAGAUGAAAUUUCCAAUAGAAAACCCGAGGAAACAAGUUAACUGGGACCCAGAACAAGUGGCGGUCCAGACCAACCUGGUCCCUCCUAAAAAGGCCCAGCCGGGGGCGGUGAAGUCCAGUCUAGUCCAGGCUAGCGUGGCCACCAUGCAGAACCCGAUGGGCUGCGACCCAAAGGCCAAUGGUCACUGUCCGCUGCCUCGCCUGUCCAUCUCCUCCCGCUCCGCUAGCGUGGUGGCCAGUAUGGACGCCAGCUUUGACGGCUCGACCACGGUGCUGCACUCGGUGAUGAAAUGGAAGACGGUGGUGGCGGUGUUUGUCGUGGUUGUUCUCUACCUGGUCUGUGGAGGUCUGGCUUUCAGGGCUCUGGAGCAGCCGUUUGAGAGCAACCAGAAGACCAGCAUCACCCUGGAGAAGGCCAAGUUCCUGGAAAGAUACCCGUGUGUCAUUCCUCGCGAGCUGGAUGCCAUCAUCGAGCAUGCCAUAGACGCUGUGAGCCCAGGAGUGAGGCCUAUUGGAGACAUGUCGUACAAUUCAAGUAACUGGGACCUGGGCAGUGCCUUUUUCUUCGCUGGAACUGUCAUCACAACCAUAGGUUAUGGAAACAUAGCUCCAAGCACGGAAGGCGGAAAAAUCUUUUGCAUCCUUUAUGCCAUAUUUGGCAUCCCUCUCUUUGGCUUCUUGUUGGCGGGGAUCGGAGACCAGCUGGGGACCAUCUUUGUGAAAAGCAUCUUGAGAGUUGAGAAGAUAUUCAGGCAAAAACACAAACAGAUCAGUCAGACAAAGAUAAGAGUGACGUCCGCCAUCCUGUUCAUCCUGGCCGGCUGCAUUGUCUUCGUCACCAUCCCUGCUGUCAUCUUCAAACACAUCGAGGGCUGGACCACGCUGGAGGCGAUCUACUUUGUUGUGAUCACUCUCACUACAGUGGGAAUAGGAGACUAUGUGGCAGGUGGAAACCGCGGGAUCGAAUAUAUGAAGUGGUACAAGCCUCUGGUGUGGUUCUGGAUCCUUGUAGGUCUGGCGUACUUUGCCGCCGUCCUCAGCAUGAUUGGAGAUUGGCUCCGAAUGCUGUCCAAAAAGACCAAAGAGGAGGUUGGGGAGUUUAAAGCUCAUGCAGCUGAGUGGAAAGCAAACGUACGAGCAGAGUUCCGUGAAACGCGGCGACGUCUGAGUGUCGAGAUCCAUGACAAGCUCCAGAGGGCCGCCACCAUCCGCAGCAUGGAGCGCCGUCAGCUGGGCCUGGAGCAGCGAGCUCACUCCCUCGACAUGCUGUCGCCAGAGAAACGGGCCAUGUUCGCCAGUCUGGACGCCGGCCGUUUCAAGACUUCCUCCCAGGAGAGCAUCGACACCAAACUGAACAACCUGAGGCUGAAGGGGGCCUGCGAGUCGUACGAGCAUCAGGGUAGCGAGCAAACACCACAGACAGCGUCUUCCUCGGAGGAGAAUCUCUUCAACCUUCGCUUCGGAUCCCUCACCAAAAUGGCCAGACGCAACAAGAACCGUGAGCUGAGGAGGAACAUUCCUGAAGACUUGCGGCGGGCGAGUGUAAGCAUAAACAAUGGUAGCGCCAUGCUGGGAGAGGAGAGGACGGAGGAGGAGGAAGAGGAUGGGGAGCAGGAUGAGGAAAACAGGGAAAGGAAAGAGGGAAACACCAGUCUGACCAACCUGUCACAGUAUGUGAUGGAUCGCACCAAGUUAAAUGGCUUUGCGCCAGCACGGGACAAAGAGAACGAUUAGAUAUCGAAUGAAAGAAUACUUGAGUGUAGAGUGCAGAAUGUUGAGACUUGAGAAAUACUCAGACUGAGUGACAAUAAGAGUGCACGGUCCUUUCAGAUGUCAAGAAAUGUGCCUUUCUGUUUCCUAUGCUUAGAUUGGAGCUGCUCCCAGGAAAUUCAGUCACCGUGCCAUAGCUAUGGGAAGAAAAUGUGUUGCCAAAUAUGAAUAAAAGAGAAGAGGCUGUAGUUAAAAUACCUCAUUACGGAUGUUGCUGUACAAAUGGGCUGCAUAAGAACUUUAAUUUCCACCGGAGCUGUCUCACUCAGCCCUGUUGUCUUUCAGCCCUCCAGGCUCUUAUGAGCCACUUGGGCAAUGACCAUCUGUUCAUGCUGAAUCUUAUUUUUUAACAAUGUGAGCUGGACAGCUACAGAGCUGGACUCAUGUCAUUCAUCUCCAGAGACAUUAUCGAUCCACACUCACUUUGUCAUCUCAUGCUGCGGUGGCUAUUUUUAGCCCAGCAGCCAGCUACAAAAAGGACUACCAACGUUUAAUGAAUGGAGGGUGGGAGGUUGUGUUUUUGCUGGAUUAAUAGACAACGUGAGUAUUUACCUAGAUGGCUUGUACAAUUAUUCCUACAUCAUAUGUGGCUUUUUGAAAAUGUAGCCCGGGGGAAAUGCUACUACAUACUAAGAGCUUCUGAAAAACAACAACAAAAAAAAAGAACAACAACAAACUAUUCCCAGUGCAUGGUUAUUAAAACACAACCAUAGCAGUUAACUGACAUGAUCUAACUUGAAAGCUUGGAGCUGCAGCUGUAAUAAUGUUUCUUUCUGUUUUAAUAAAAUGAAAUGUACGGCUUUUAUUCAUAUUUUGUACUGCGUAUCCACAGUAGAUGACAUGUGAUUCAGUAAUGAUUGCUACCGUUUUUUUAAAUGUGAAUCAGCAUAGGCAUAAAUACAAUACAAGCCUACUAAGAUUGUCAGCAAUGUUGAACACAAAUCAGUUUUGUUUGUUUUUUUAUUUUGUGUAUGACAUUCAUAAGAUCACAUACAGGUCAAGAGUAUUUAAAUGAAUUUUAAUCAAUGAAUGUGAUGCUAUUGAUUUUGUACUCACGAAGCAUGUUUGCAUCUCUGUUUACUCCUUUUUCUAUCAGACAAACACCUGAGUUGUAUUUUCCAUUGAAAUGUAAAAUAUGAACUAAAUAGGUCACGUUGCUUUUUUGUAUUUCUUUUUUGAAACACAGUCUAUCAUCAUGGUUAUAAACAUCUUUACACUGAAA